AUGAAAGUGAAACGCGGUUAUUACGAUGUUUUCGUAAACACAUGCGCUAAGUAUCCAUCCAACAUCGCCGUGAGACACUAUGUGGACGGAGUGUACAAGACUUACACGUACUCCGAACUUUACGGCGUCUGUGAGUACUUAUCGCAAAAACUACAACUCCUGCAAUGUAACAGAGGCGUAAUUGGACUUAUUUCAGAAAGAAACAUCAUCAUACCAUGUAUCAUAGCUGCAGCCCACAAAAAUUGCACAACAUUUAUGUUUGUGGACCCAACCCAAAAUAUAGAUGUAAUAGCUAAAGAAAUUGAAUUUACUAUUAUAAUGACCAUCAGGACAAAUGAUCAAGAUCCUAAUGCAGAGGUAUUUGGUAAAAAGCCGGAACAAAUUGUUGCAGUGUUUGAUUUAAUAAUAUGUUUUUAUAACUUUGAUGGUGGUAACGAGCCACACAUGGCACAUGUGCCUCAACACUCAUUUAUUGCUUUAACUUCUGGUAGCACAGGAGAACCAAAACAUAUUCAGGUUCCUAUUCAAUGCAUCCAACCUAAUAUAGAUGACUUAACUAAAAUGUUUACCAUCACCCCACAAGAUGUCAUAUUCUUCUCAACUCCCCUUACAUUUGAUCCUUCCAUGGUAGAAAUAUUACUAGCAUGUAUCAACGGAGCCUCUCUACUUAUUGCACCGGACAGGACAGAUGUGUUAUUCCCAGAAAACAAAGCUAACUCUAUCACAAUUUGGCAAACAACACCAUCAAAGUUCUUGCAAUACUCCAAUACAGACAUCAGAGACAAAAUUUUAAGUCAAAACUCAACACUUAAAAUAUUAGCACUUGGUGGAGAACCUUUCAAUGGUGUUAAAAGAAUAAAAGAGUUGAAGCACUUGCAUAACAACACCAAACUAUUUACUCUGUAUGGCGUCACCGAGAUGUCAUGCUGGGCCUGUGUUGCUGAACUAGAUUUGAGCACAAUUGCAACAGACAGGGAAGUACCCCUGGGAAACUGUCUCUCUGAAACAGAAAUUAUAAUUGAAGAUAACAAAGAAAAUGCCAACACAGGAAAAAUUAUAUUAGUUAGCAAAAGUAGAAAAUGUGUUAUUUUAAACAAAUCAAAAGGCCAUGAGGAGCAAAAUUCAUUAAAAUUUCUGGACACCGGUGACAUUGGGGAAGUCAAAAGUGGCACUAUUUACUACAGAGGUAGAAGGGAUGACAUCAUCAAGAGGUUUGGACAUAAGGUCAACUUAAUGAAUAUUGAGGCUGCUAUAAUGCAAUGUCCAAGAGUAAAAACAUGUUCAUGUCUUUGGUUACCAAAACCAAUGCUAGUAGCUGUGUACUUCUCAUCCGAAACACUGAGCAGCCAAGAAUUGUCAGACUUUUUAAAAUGCAAACUUGAUGAUAAGCAUUGGCCUGACAAAAUUAUAAGAGUAGAUAAUCUACCCACUAAUUCUCAUGGGAAAGUAUCAAAGAAUACUUUGUGCAAUAUGUUUGAAAAAUUGAUGAAAGCGCCACAAACUGAGGAUUCAAUAAAAGUGACCUUUAUGAAGGAACUGAAGAAUUCAAUAGGUAAAAACUUAAUAUAUGACCAGAUUAAAAAUAAAGACUUCUUUGCAUUGGGAGGUACAUCUUUUCUGGCUGUAUCUCUUUGCAACAAUCUGUCCCAAACUUGUCUACAAUUUGGGAAGUUGAUUCUUCCAUAUUUGAUGACACAGAAGCACACCAUAGAUGAGAUUAUGCAGAUAGCCUAUAAACAGUUGUGUAUGGAUGCGACCAAAGCUAAAAAGCGUCUUAAACGGGCGAGACCUGAAAGUGAAACUGCUGAGUUAGAUGAGGUUGUAAAGAAAUCAAGUCAUGAGUCAAUCAGCUCUAUAGAGUUUACUAUGAUAUGGAAACAUGACACUGGCAAAUGUGUGGAUGCUUCACCAGUAUUGUUUCAAUCUGGAUACAACCUGUAUGUAACAGUGGGCAGUCACUCAGGACAGAUCGUAGUACUAGACGCAAUAACCAGUGAGGUCCAAGCCAAGUUUCUUAUAAAUUCGAGGAUCGAAGCCGGUGUCAUGUGUUACUAUGACCCAGACAUCACUCCACCGUGUGGUGUGGUCGGCGGGUAUGACGGCACCGUCAUCUGCUUCUGUCUCGACACCUUCAAGGAGAACUGGAGAGUCAAUAUAGGCUCCAUGGUCAAAAGCAAGGCAGUCUGUGUGAAGGGACAUCUGUAUGUCGCUUCCUACGACGGCAAUGUUAGAUGUCUUGACAUCCUGACAGGUAUGACAGGUGAGACGAUAAACAUUUGCGACCAAGCCAUAUCUGCUGACCUGGUGCUUGCGAAGAAAGAGUACGUGAUACUUGGCUCACUGUCAGGUGUGUCCGCCUGUAUCCAGACCACCACCAACACGGUGGUCUGGCGCAGCUUGCUGGGGAGCCCGGUGUUCGCUAGCCCUGUUCUAUAUGACAACGACAAAUACGUAGUAUUCGCUGAAGUAUCCGGCGACAUACAUUGCAGAACUGUGGAGAAGGGCAUCAAGAUUUGGAAAUACCAGGGUGCAAAAGGAAAUGUAUUUUCUUCAUUGUAUAUAAAGCAAAUCGAUAAAUUGAAAUGGCAAAUGGUAUUUGGCUGUCAUGAUAAGGGUGUGUACAGUCUUGCUGUUAAAAACUUCCAACCAGCUCUUCACUGGAAAACUCAACUUACAUCCCCAGUGUACUCAACUCCUUGUGGUCUGAGUAAUAAACUAAUACUGGCUGCAUCAAAUAAUGGGAAACUGUGUAUUCUCGAAGCAGAAACUGGAGUUUUGGUAGAAGAAUACAGUUUGCCAAAUGAAACAUUUUCGACACCAGUUACGUAUGGUGACUUUAUUUACAUUGGGUGUAGGGAUGACCAUUUGUAUUCAAUUAGAUACCUCUUCAAAUCAUGA